AUGUCAGAACCAGAGAGGGACCCCACAGUUGCCACAAAUGAGAUGGACAACCUUGAUGAGUCAGACAAUGUUGCCCCUGCUGAAGGGGGGGUUGAAGAGGUUGCAGAGCAGACAGAUCCCAUAGUGGCAGAUGCAACUCAAGUUGUGGCAGAAGAUGAAACAUCACUGACAGAACAAGAGGAGGGGGCAGCCUUGCAGCAGGGAGAGGAGGAACAAGCAAGCACAGUGGUGGAACAAGAAGAUGAGGAACAAGAAGCAACUGUGGCAGAGCAAGAGGAGGAAUCAAUAAACAAGGCAGAGGAGGAGGAACAAGUGGUGCCUGUUGUGGCACAAGAGGAGGAGGCAGAAACUCCUGUGACAGAAGAAAUUGAGGAACAAGCUGCAGAUGUGAUGCACCAGGAGGAACAGCCCAUUGUCUUGGCAGAACUGGAGAGGGGCACAACAGUUGUCACAGAUGAGAUGGACAGCCUUGAUGAGUUGGAUGAUGUUGCCCCUGCUGAAUGGGAGGUUGAACAGGUUGCAGAGCAGACAGAUCCCAUAGUGGCAGAUGCAACUCAAGACACUGUUGAAGAGGAGAAUCUUGUCCAAGAUGAAGGACCUUUGCUAAAUGCCAACGGGGUAGAGGAAACUAGAGAUGGCGUAGUUGAGGAUGUGCAGGUUGAGCGUGAAGCUGAGAAUAUAGCAAAGGAGACGCAAGACCAUACUUCUGUCUUGGAACCACCGCCACAAGAUGACGCUUCGGCUGCUGUGCAAAUGGAAGAGGCUGGUCAAGCAGACGAAAUUGUAGAUGCGGAAGGAAUGCACGAAAGCCUGGAAGUGGUUGAGGCCGAGGUGCUUGCCAAGGAAUUCUCCCCGGGGCUACAGAAUGAAACUCCUUCGUUUACUCCUCGCAUUUCCUUUAUCGCUGCCGCCGCUGCUACGGGAGUCAAGAAGCCUGUUGCCUUUGACGAUGCAGUUGCCAAACACUUGUCAGCUCUUGCUGGUAGCGCGGACAUGAUGAUGCAAGACCAACUUCUGAACGAUGUCGCUAAUCCGAACGAUAUCAACAACAGUGGCGCCAUGGAGCAGCAUGUGAUACACGACGAAAGUUUGAAAGACGACAACACCCUGCUGAAUGAUAUUGAUACCCCCCCUCCAGAAACAAUCAUUGAUAACGGUGACGAUGACGGUAUCGCCGGGAGUGCCUUCUCCAUCCCGCCUCGUGCCAUCUUGCAGGAUGUCAAGGAGAUCAUGAAGAAAUCUCCAACUGAACCAAGCUUGCUCAUACUGGAUUCGAGCGAUGACGAUGAGGAGAGGAGGAAGAAGACCAGGAGCAAGCAACCCUAG